AUGAGCGGCCAUUGUUUGGCUAAUGGCGGCUCGCGUCAAUCACUUCAGGACGCCCGCGUCCUGCUCCUGGAGCCCUUCUACGGGGGUUCUCACAAGCAGCUGCUGGACCUGCUGGCCGAGCACCUGCGCCCGGCCGCCGCCGCCUUCACGCUGCCCGCCAAGAAGUGGCACUGGAGAGCCCGGACUUCGGCGCUUUACUUCAGCCAAAGCGUGCCCCCGGACCCCGCGUACAGGGUCCUUUUCUGCAGUUCGGUCCUGAACUUGUGCGAGCUGGCGGCCCUCCGACCCGAUCUGGCCCGCCUGAAAAAGGUCUUGUACUUCCACGAGAACCAGCUGGUCUACCCGGUGCGCAAAGAGCAGGACCGUGACUUCCAGUACGGCUACAACCAGAUCCUGUCGUGCUUGGUGGCCGACACGGUGGUCUUCAACUCGGUCUUCAACAUGGAAUCCUUCCUGUCCUCGGUGGCCGCCUUCCUCAACAAGAUUCCGGACCGCCGGCCUUCGGGAGACCUGGCCCGAGUCAUCCGGCCCAAGUGUCGCGUUCUCUACUUCCCGCUGCGCUUGCCGGACGUCGUCAGGACGCCGACGGAGGCGGACCCCCCCGGCGAGCCGCUGCACAUCGUUUGGCCUCACAGGUGGGAACACGACAAAGAUCCCGAGCUGUUCUUGAGCACCGUGCUGAAGUUGAAAGAAGAAGGACAGGACUUCCGCUUGUCCGUCCUGGGGGAAAGUUUCUCCGAGACGCCAGAGGUGUUUUCUCGCUGCCGCCCUCUGCUGGACGCGCACGUGCUCCACUGGGGCUUCGCGGAGUCCCGAGAGGAGUUCCUGCAAAUUCUGCGCCGGGCCGACGUGGCCGUGUCCACCGCCGGGCACGAGUUCUUCGGAGUGGCCAUGUUGGAGGCGGCGCGCUGCGGCUGUUACCCUCUUUGCCCCAAAGCCUUAGUGUACCCUGAAAUCUUCCCAGCCCAGUGCCUGUACGCCACCCCCCGGCAGCUGCUAAAGAGGUUGCGCCGCUUCUGCCGACGGCCGGGAAGCGCGCGCGAGCUCAAGGUGGACACGUCUCGCUUUUCCUGGGACGUCCUCAAGGAGGAGUACCAAACGCUGCUGAGCCCGUGA